CCCAUAGUAUUCUCUAGCAACAUGGAACCCACAAACCAAACAGUUGUCUCAGAAUUCCUCCUUCUGGGACUGACAAUGGACCCAGCACUGCAGUCCCUCAUCUUCAGCCUCUUCCUGUCAAUGUACCUAGUCACCAUCCUGGGAAACCUGCUCAUCAUCCUGGCUGUCAGUUCUGACCCCCAUCUCCACACCCCCAUGUACUUCUUCCUCUGCAGCCUGUCCUUUAAUGACAUCUGUUUAAGCACAAGCACAGUCCCCAAGAUGCUGGUGAACAUCCAAACACAGGAUCAGAGCAUCACUUACAUAGGAUGUCUCUCCCAGAUUUUUUUUGUCUUAAUUUUUGCAUAUUUGGAAAAUUUUCUCCUUGCAGUGAUGGCCUAUGACCAGUAUGUGGCCAUUUGUCAUCCCUUGAGGUACACAGUCAUCAUGAUGCCCCACCUCUGUGUACUGCUGGUUCUGUUCUCCUUGUUCAUCAGCUCUGUGGAUGCCCUCCUCCACACUCUGAUGGUGCUGAGGCUGUCCUUCUGCACAGACCUGGAGAUCCCCCACUUCUUCUGUGAACUUGCUCAGGUCAUCAAGCUGGCCUGUUCUGAUACCUCAGUGGAUAAUGUACUGAUAUAUGUUGCAACUUGUAUGUUUGGUGGCAUUCCUCUUUCUGGGAUCAUCUUCUCUUACAUUCACAUUGUGUCCUCUGUCUUGAGAAUGCCCUCAUCAAGAGGAAAGCAUAAAGCUUUUUCUACCUGUGGGUCUCACUUGUCUGUUGUCUCCUUGUUCUAUGGGACAGGUGCAGGGGUGUACAUUAGCUCUGCAGUGACCAACUCUCCCAGAAAGACAUCUGUGACUUCAGUAAUGUAUUCUGUGGUUCCUCAGAUGCUGAACCCCUUCAUCGACAGCUUGAGGAAUAGGGACUUGAAGGAGGCUUUGAGGAAUAUCAUUGGAAAGACAACUUCCUUUCUAUGA